GUCCAGUCAAUUGCUUCUAGCACAUCUCUCCGCUCUCUCCACCACUCACACUCCAACACAAUGGCCUCUCGUGUCGCUCGCAGUGUCAUGGGCGCCGCCCGCGCGCGUCCCACCGCCGCCGUCUCCUCCCUGCACAAGGCCGCCGUGCCCGCCGUCCAAGCGCGCCUGCAAAGCAACCAGCCCACACCCGAGAAGAAGGCCCAGAGCAUCAUCGACUCCCUCCCCGGCAGCAACCUCUUGAGCAAGACCGCCAUCCUCUCCGCCGGCGCCGGUGUCUCGAUCGCCGCCAUCAGUAACGAGCUCUACGUCGUCAACGAGGAGUCUAUUGUCAUGCUGUGUCUGCUCUCCGUCUACACCGGUAUCGCCGUCUACGGUGGCCCCGCUUACAAGGAGUGGGCCGAGAACCAGACCAACAAGAUCAAGAACAUCCUCAACGCCGCUCGCAAGGACCACACCGAUGCCGUCCAGAAGCGCAUCACCAGCGUCCAGGACCUCGGCGGUGUCGUUGACAUCACCAAGUCCCUUUUCGCCGUUUCCAAGGAAACCGCCCAGCUCGAGGCCCAAGCCUACGAGCUCGAGCAAAAGGUCAACCUCGCCCACGAGGCAAAGACCGUCCUCGACUCCUGGGUCCGCUACGAGGGUGCCGUCAAGGCCCGCCAGCAAAAGGAGCUCGCCGACUCCAUCAUCUCCAAGAUCGACAAGGAGCUCGAGAACCCCAAGGUCCUCAAGCAGAUCCUCGACCAGGCCGUUGCCGACGUCGACCGCAUCGUCUCCAAGGCUUAGAUUUCCUUCAGACAUCCCCACCAAAACUCAUUGAUUUGAGCUUUUGAGGGUGUUGUGUUUUUGUUGUAAGCUGAGAAGUCAUGACGAUGAUGGAGAGGUGCAGGGAAGACGUAGUAGGAUUCGAGGAAAAAUCAAAAGAUACUCAAAAAGCACACAUUGAGACUUCCUCUUCUCGUCUUUUUUUCGCGAAGAAAGUUCUCCUCAGAGCCUGUGUAAAUAGAUCUAUCUGUGCUAUAGCGGAAACCACCAUUUUCUUUU